AUGAAGUCCGCAAUCAGCUCCGAGAAGUGGAAAUGGAGGUCUUCUACCGCAAGCACAGCGGACUCGCUUUCUCCCUUUCAGACUGGUCGCUCCAGAGGAGACUCGCCGGAGCCCCACGAACCCAAAAAGUCACGGUCCUUGUCCAAAGCCUUCCGUUCAAUCAGCACCUCCUCGUUGGAUUCACUAUCUAGUGGCCCGUCCCGGUCUGGCUCCUCGGGACGGCGGCUUCACAAAACGCCCUCAGGUUCAGGAUCUGUGAUUGAUAGGUUCCAGAGGAGAUUAUCUCGAGACUCCUCCAUUGGCACCAUGCCCCUAGAGCCUCCCCUCAGCCCUGUCGAGCCGACCUUUGCCUCAAUGGAACUGAUCCGAUACGGGUGGCUCAAGACCGAUUCUUCGCUCCUCAAAGCUCGAUCUGAGUAUCUCGUCUUGGCAGACCAUUCAUUGGUCAAGUUUGGAAGUGCGGAAGCUGCUAGGGCUAUCUUCCCGCAACUGACCCAGACACAAGGUGCUCAUUCGCACUUCCACCAGCCCGUGAGCAGCAAGUCGGCCUCGGGAGAUGUACGAUUGGACAUUCCCCUUCGCUCCAUCAUCGCAGUCUUUGUCGAGGAGUCUUCCAGCUCUCGGUUUGGUAUCGAAGUCUGGUGGCUCUCGAGGUCGCCCAAGAUCGCCUCCAACAGGGCACACUUCUACUUUGCUCUCCCGAAAGAACGCGACGAUUGGCUGGCGGACAUCCAGCAGGCGUACAAGGCUAGGAUGCGGAAAAGCCCGCUGCAGACGACCGUCCCGGAGAAUGUCAAGAUUCGCAUCAACCACGCCAUGCAGCCUGCUGAUACAUCUUACGACAGCACCACCCAGAGUCUGAUCUUUCCAGUGACAAAGCGUACCGUCGCGGCAGCCCAGAAGGGCACAGCUGCAGACGAGUCCCAGGAUCUCACAGACACGUCGACAUACUACCUUGCCAUCGGCCCCUAUAUGUGCUAUUUCAUCGAGAUACUCAAAGCGGACUACUUGACACCGCCAGGCGAUCUACGGCUGAAGACGUCGGCCUUUGGGACGGUCUCCUUGAUCCGAUUCCAGGCUUCAGUGGCUUCUCACGAGCAACGAUUCAACAUGUGUUUUCGUCUGCCAUUUGGCCGAGAGACUCGUUUGGAUUUGGCAAGCGUCUACUAUCGCCGGAUCAUCGAAGCCCUGACCAAGAUUGACCGCGUUCUGAAGCCCAUGUGGCCGCAAAACCUCCAACAUGCCAUUUUCGAGAUUAAGGGUCUCCCAGCACCUCUGCAGUUGACGUCUGGAAACGAUUUAGGCGGCCUUGAGAUGAGUCUCCAGGCGUAUUGCGUUGCCUUUGGCGUGCCGAUUCCCUCGUGGACAAUCGAAUGGUACACCCCGUCGGAGCCGGCUUUUCGACUGCUUGCUUCCGAGGACAUGGAGUACUCUCCACUUCAGAUUCUGGCUGUCUUUCGGGCCUUGAGAUACAAUAGUUUCUUCAAGGCCUUGUCGUUCCGUGAUGUUGACCUUUCGUCACUGGCGAACAAGAACGACUAUUCGCACUUGGGGGAUGCGGUGGUGGUAACUUCUCUGAGCGGCGUGAGGAUACCAGAAGACUACUACCAGCUUCUCAUUCAAGCCCCCAUUCUCGAGCAAGAGAUUCAUGCCUUGCUGUUUUCUUCUGAGUCUAUACGAUACAUUGACCUCUCGAAUGUCGUCGGCCUACAACGCCCAAAAAGACCACACACAGGCCGAGGAUCGAUCAACCAUUCCACUAUGCGCAAGAUGAGUUCCGAAAUCAUUCGACCCUUGACGAUGCUCCUCAAAACCGGGUUGUGCCACUGCCAUGGCAUCUCCAUGUCUGGCAAUCCAAUUGGCUCCAGCGACGUGGCCGAACUUGCAAAUGUCCUUGGCCUGGACGACGUCCAUAUGAGAAAGAUCGAACUCUCCAACUGCGGACUCGGAGACGGUGACCUUACCCAGCUCUGGAGCGGUCUAGCUGGCCAAGCCGAGACCAUUGAAUACAUCGACACAUCGAACAAUAACGGUACUGUUGGUUUUGAAACCAUCACCUACACGCUUCGCCAGCUUCGGAACAUCAAGAAGCUUAACAUAUCGGGAAAUACCAGGCUCGUCUCGGAGGAACCGCUCUUCGCCGAAGGCGCACUCAAUAGCUGGGCUCUCCAAGAGCUGGAUCUCUCCGGUAUAGUGCUCAACGACACUACUGUCAUUUCUCUUGCCAGAUACAUGGAGUCCCCAAUGUCGCAGGACCUACUAGUGAUGCGCCUCAACAAUUGCGGCCUCACUGGGAGCCAACUCGCCCAGCUCUUCUUCAGCAUGGGCAAGGGGCGGCAUAUGACGGUCCAUGUAAAUGCAAACCGGCUGGAUGAUGGCAUCGAGAGUCUGUGUGAUGCAAUUGCCUCUGGGUACGGGCCUUGGAGUUUGUUCAUGCAGAUGAUUGAAUUCAGCUAUGAGGCCAGCUUCGUCAAGCUCAUGAAGGCGCUGACCGUCAACAAGACGAUCGAGUGCCUCAGCUUGGCCGGCUGUGCUACACCGGAUGCUGUCAGCAGCGUAGCCUGCCAGGCGGCGGCUGAAUUUUUUGCCCACAACGACACCAUCCGGUUCCUGGAUAUCUCCGGAUACGACUCGAAGCUUGACGAAGGUCGGUUGGGCAGGGAAUUCUCCCGGUCAUUGAGCGGCAUGAAGUUCAACAAGCGGAUCGAGCACCUCCGCGUCCGGAGCCAGAUGCUCAAUAUCAACAUUGGGGAUUUGGCCGAAGCCAUCUCGGGCAACCGAACCCUGCAUACUCUGGAUUGCGAGGGUAACGACUUCAACCUCUCCAACUUUUGGCAUCUAGUCAAGCGCAUUGAGGGCAACACGACACUCCGGCACUUUUCGGCAUUCUCGGACCAGGAACUUGCUAGAACGAUCAAGAAAGCCGCCGAAGUUGACGUGCCCGUGGCAUCGGCGCGCCGGCCUUCGGGGUUGUUUACCAAACUGAAACAUGAGAAGCCUCCUGUGAACAUACAGAAGCCGCUUGUCGAGCGGCUGAGCGAGGAGUGGGCUGCCGCAAUUGCAGCGUUGAAUCAAGUUCUCGAAAGGAACCAGCAGGCUUACCGUGAGAGACAUGGCAGCAGGAGAGCCACGGCCGAUUCGGCACUGAAGGCGUGCGCGAUAGAGGAGGGCACGUUCUCGGUCGAUUUCGGAGGGCUUGCAAACAAAGAAUUCGAGUUUCAGAAUGCCACGGCCUCCAAUCUGCGCCGUGGCCCUUCAACUUCGAGCCACAACUCGGAAGCGUUCAAGGUGAUUGUCUCGUCACCUUACACAGAUGACACUUCGGGCGAGACCACGAUGCGGCCUUACUCCAUUGUCUCGAGCGACGGGGCUAGCGACCCGAUCACGGAGACCAGCUCCAACAGUGACGCUGGCGUUCCGACACCUUCGGAGAUGGAGAGCCCCCCUGAUAAAGAGCCAGGGUGGGCCGGAGCUUCGGCAGUGGACGGGACGAGCAUCCCAGAUCCCGAGGACAGCAUCUUGCUUUCCGAUAGUGAGAUAAGCUUGCUCAUGGGGAAAUACCAAACCUUGCUUAGCAUCUCGGCGGAUGUAAUUGAGGAAGAGGGGGGUCAAUGA